AUGAUGCUGAGGAAUGCCAGGAUCGGUCGUUUCAUCGCGAUAUUCUCCGCAGUAUUCAUACACAGCGGCGUAUUCUCGUACAGUAUUUUCCGAGGAAUGACGUUGAGCGAGUCCGUUGUCAAAGGCGAUAACGCGUCGGAACGUUCGCUGCCUUUUGCUUUCUAUAAUAAGAUUCUGGAUACCACGACGAGUCCAAUGUACGAGAUAGUGUUUAUAAUACAGUGUCUAUCCACGUUCGUUGUGAAUUCUGUAACAGUAAGCGCUUGUUGUCUCACCUCCGUCUUCGUACUGCACGCCUGCGGUCAGUUAAAAAUUCUGAUGUCUUUGCUGGAUAGUCUGAUCAACGAAAGAAACGAAAAAACAGACUCUUCACAGCAAAAGUUCGCCGUCAUCGUUGAGCAUCAUUUAAGAGUACUCAGCUUUGUAUCUCAUAUAGAGAAAAUUACGAAUGUAGUUUGUCUUGUGGAAGUAGGAGGAUGCACGCUGCACAUGUGUCUGUUGGGUUAUUAUUGUAUACUGGAUUGGAACCAAAACGAAAAAGAAGGUAUAGUGGCAUAUGGUAUAAUAUUGAUCUCGGUUACUUUCAACAUCUUUAUAUUUUGUUACAUCGGAGAGAUUCUUUCAGAACAGUGUGGUCAAGUUGGUGAAAUUGCUUACAUGACAAAUUGGUAUUUAUUACCCGGAAAUACAGCCCUCGAUCUAGUUUUGAUCAUUUUAAGAUCCAGCAUUGUAGUCAAAAUCACUGCUGGAAAGAUGAUUGAGCUUUCUCUUUCAACAUUCGGUAAUGUAAUUAAAUCCGCGUUAGCGUAUUUAAAUAUACUUCGUACUCUCAUUACUGUAUGGCCGCGUUCCGCCAAUGCCUCACUUAUCGAAAAGAUCCGUUCCGAUUUCGCGAUAUUUAUAUGUUAUUUCCUAAUAAUUAUCACCAUGGUACCUAAUGGUUUGAGUAUGUUCAUCGAUUCGCAGAUGUCCUACGAGACCAGGCUACAAAAUUUCGGUCCGCUCACCUUUUGGUUCAUAGCAAUGGUGAAUUAUUCCUGCCUCCUGAUGCACGUUGACGAUAUACACAAUUGUGUGGAACACGUGAAAAUGGAUUGGCUGAUCAUCAGGAGAUUCGAGGAUCAAAAAGUGAUGCUAAAGAGCGCCAAGUUAGGUCGAUUCAUCGCAGGUUUCUGCGCCGUGUUCAUGCACUGCGGUGUAUUCUCGUAUAAUAUCGUCCAAGGUCUCUCCAAGAGUAUCCUGUACAUGGAAAAUAGCAGCAUAGUAGUUCGCGGAUUACCCUAUCCCUUCUACAACAAGAUUCUAAACGUGCACUUCAGUCCGGCAUACGAGUUCGUGUUUUUUCUACAGUGUCUUUCAUCCUUCGUCGUCAACUGCGUUACGGUCGCAACAUGCGGCUUGACAGCGGUUUUCGUGAUGCAUGCUUGCGGCCAAAUGAAAAUCAUGAUAUCCUGGCUUGAAAAUUUCAUUGACGAUAAAAAAGAGGAAAGGAUUUCUUUAAGGCAAAGAUUUGCAAUCAUCGUGAAUCAUCAUUUAAGAAUCUUGAGCAUUCAAAUGAACCGUUGGUUUCUGAAACCGAUCGGCGUAUGGCCGUUGACUCUCUGCGAGACCACGGUGGAAAAAAUUGGUUGCAUGAUUCUGACGGUGAUCAGUUGUUUAUUGAUAUGUUUCCUGCUUAUUCCAUGUACUCUUUGCACUAUCCUAGUAGACACUGAUCUCGACACCAAGAUCAGGAUGAUCGGUCCGGUCAGUUUUUUCCUAAUGGCCGCGGUGAAACAAUAUAUCCUCAUUAUCCGCAGCAAGGACAUCGACGAAUGCAUUCGGCACAUUCGCGUGGAUUGGAGCCGUGUCGCGUUGAAUCAUGAGAAAGAUCGAGAAAUAAUGGUGAACAAUGCUAAGUACGGCAGAUGGCUAUCCUCCAUCAGCGCGAUCUUCAUGUAUUCCGCAGGUAUAUUCUUCACCACGGUAAUGCCGAUUUGCGCAAAGAGAACAGAGAUUAUUGACAACGAGACAGUGAGGUCGCUCUCCUUCCCAAUUUAUCGUGGUCUCUUCGAUCCACGCACUACACCAUCCUUCGAAAUCGCGCAAUUCACGCAAGCUUUAGCUGGUUACGUCAUUUAUACGAUCACUAUCAGCGUGUGCAGUCUGACAGCAGUAUUUGUCAUGCAUGCCUGCGGUCAAUUUCGAAUACUCAUGCUAAAGAUGGAGGACCUCGCGGACGGAAAAGAGAGGAAGAGUGCGAAUAGUACGCACGAAGGAAGACUCGGUAACAUCGUGGAACAUCAUAUUAGGAUACUCAGUUUUAUCGAUCGCACAGAGAAACUUUUAAACGAAAUUUGUCUCGUGGAUGUAGUCGGAUGUACGCUCAACAUAUGUUUUCUAGGAUUCAAUAUGAUAACGGAAUGGGAACAUCGUGAAACAUUAGGAACAAUGACAUUUUGUUCAUUGCUUGUAUCUUUCACGUUUAAUAUAUUUAUACUUUGCUAUAUUGGUGAACUCCUUGCUGAACAGUGUAUACAAAUCGGCAUGAAGUCUUAUAUGAUAAAUUGGUAUCGUAUACCGAAUAAGGGAGCACUCGGUUUGACAUUAAUAAUGGCCAUGUCGAAUGCCACCAUCAAACUUACAGCUGGAAAAUUUAUGGAUUUAUCCUUAGCCAGUUUUUGCAGUAUUGUUAAAGCGUCCGUGGCUUACCUGAAUUUACUUCGUACCUUCUACGUUUAAUACGGUAAAAUCAUCGUUAUCGAGAUGUACUAUAUAGUAACAUUAGUGCGUUAAAAAAUAUAUUUAAUAAAAUUUAGAUAUAUAC